AUGGUCGGACAUCAACUCCACUCCGCUUUCAAGUCGUGGUUCAAGGACUUUGAGUCCGAUGGCACGCCAGUGCUGCCAUCUCAGCUGUCGAAAAAGUACAGCGUCGAGGACCACGUUCUUGGGCAGGGCUCCUUUGCCGUCGUCAAGCCAGUGACUGAAAAGGCGACCGGCGAGCAACGGGCGCUCAAGAUCAUUGCAAAGAAGCCGCUCAAGGACAGCAACGAAAAGAUGCUCAAGGAGGAAAUCGCCAUUCUUGGAAAGGUCGAGCAUCCACACAUCAUCAAGAUGUGGGAUCUCUACGAGACCAAGGAGGCUGUCUUCAUCGUCACUGACCUCUGCCGUGGAGGCGAGCUUUUCGACCGGCUUGUGGAGAAGGUGCACUACAACGAAAUCGACGCACGCCACAUCACCCGUCAGAUCUUCCAGGGCAUUGCCUACCUGCAUGAGCAGGACGUCAUUCACCGAGAUCUCAAGCCGGAAAACAUCCUCCUCCGCAACAAGGGCGAGCCGAGCGAGAUUGUUAUCUCAGACUUUGGCCUCUCGCGCUUCAUCCCAGAUGACGGUCUCCUCAUGACUGCCUGUGGCAGCCCUCAGUAUGUGGCUCCCGAGGUGCUGCUGGGCAAGGGCUACGGACCGGCCGUUGACAUCUGGAGCGGUGGCGUCAUCGCAUACUGUCUUCUGGCCGGCUACACACCCUUCUACGGCGAGGACCAGCCCGCGCUCUUCCAGCAGAUCCUCUCGAUGAAAGUCGAUUUUGAGCCAGAAUACUGGUCGGAGGUGUCCAAGACGGCAAAGGACUUCAUCCUCAAAUGCCUCUGUCCCCCGGAGCAGCGUCUCACGGCCGAAGAAGCGCUCAACCACCCGUACCUCGCAGACCUACCAGACUUGCACCCAGACCUGGCCGACGAGCAUCGUGGCUGCAACCUCAAGCACUCGACGCAGAAGCACCUUUCGGCACGGCAGAAGCUCAACAAGGCCGUGACAGCCGUUGAGGCAUCCAAUUACCUCCAGCGACUCCACUACCUCCGUCAGGCGCACGCGAAAGACAUCCAUCCUGAUCGAUUGGACUCGCUCAUGCGCAUCGUCACCAACCUCAGCGCCCACAGCAUCGAUACCGAGCAUACUCCUACAACGCCGCAAGCAUCAGCUUCGUCUACGAGUAAUGUUGUUCAUGGAUUUUCCAAAGACGACGAGGCACCGACGAAGAAGAAACAGGACUCGGGCAUGUCCCUCAACCUUGUCGUCAUGUCUGCUUUUGUCCCCGAGCCAAAGCUUGACGGCCUCAAUGAUCCUCGGAAGCGCAGCGGCGGCGGUGGCGGUGGCGGCGGCGGAACUGCAAGUGUUGCCGCUGCUGCCAUGGCCACGCAAAAGGGCGAGAACAAGGUGGAGACGGAUGACGACGGAAAGCCAGCAAGUCCGGCUCAGUCGUCUUCUGACAUCUCAGACGCCACGGCUCGGCCUGCAUCUUCUUCUGUCAGCUCACAAAGGCGGAGACAAACGCGGACAAAGUCGAGCAAGACUCUCGACGCCUUGUUGGAUCAGUACAAGUCGUCUCAGAUGCCCUCUUCGGCGCGUCUCGAUCCUUCGGCAGCGACAUUGCAACCGGAAGGCAUGUCGCUGGCAAAAGCCUGGCGCUAUGUUCCCUUUCUUGUCCACCAGGGCAUCUCCAUUGGUUCGGCCAUUGCUUCGCAUGCCAUCUAUGGUCCGCCAAAGAAGUCCUGGGGUCUGGAAAUGACUAUCUUCACCAGAAUCAUGCGCGAGUCAGCAAGCUACACCGAAUUUGCAACCAUUGCCGGGAUGCAGCAGUUCUUCGACCUCUCCUCGUUUCUUCCCGUGCCUAAGGACGGUCUCAUCACCCCUGUGACUUUCCGCGUCAAGAAGCGGGGCCUCAAAGGUCUUCUCGCCGAGGCAGAUGCCCAAGAGGACGGCACACGAGAAUUGACGGGCGAAUGGGUCGUGGGAAAGCAAACGUGGCGACGAUUGCAGUCUGAUUGGCGCUCUGGCAAGGCAAAGGACAAAGAGCGGGUCAUCCUCUACUUUCACGGAGGCGCCUACUUUGUGAUGUCGGCUGUCACGCACCGACCAGUAACAAUUUCUCUCUCCAAGUACACCGAAUGUCGGGUGUUUGGCAUCAACUAUCGGCUGGCGCCCGACUGCAAGUUCCCUGGCCAGCUCCACGACUGCGUCUCCUCGUACUUCCGCCUCGUUGACGACCUGGGCAUCCCCCCUAGCAACAUUGUCCUCGGCGCCGACUCGGCUGGUGGCGGCUUGGCCCUCGCCACGAUGUACUACCUUCGCGACAAUGGCUACGAACUGCCAUCAGGGGCCAUCCUCUUCAGCCCCUGGGUGGAUCUGACACUGUCGUGCGACUCGUGGGUGACAAACAGCGCUUACGACUACCUGAUUAUGCCGUCGAGUGAGGAUCACAUGAAUCCUGUCUAUGCGCUCCUGGGCGAGAAUGUCGACAAAUACCUCACCCAUCCUUAUGCCAGCCCUCUGUUUGGCGAUAUGCGCGGUCUUCCUCCGUUGCUGAUCCAGUGUGGCGACGCUGAAGUGCUCCGGGACGAGAUCACGCUCCUGGCGCACAAGGCCUCGCUCGCCGGCGUUGCGGUGCGCCACGAACUGUACGAGGAUUGUGUCCACGUCUUCCAGGCGUUCCUCUUCCUCGAUGCCUCUCGCAAGGCGCUGCAGUCUUGCCGACACUUUGUCCGGACUGCGCUAGACAAGCGUGGAAAGCGCAGGGCCGAAGUCAAGAGCAAGGCCAAGGAGGAGAUGGAUCGAGAGAUGCGGCAGGGAAUGGAAAACGAGCGAGGCGAGGAAGUGGAGCCGAGAACCGGCGAGAUCAAGGGAAGCUGGAAGGCAGAGAGGAGCGCCGAAAGCGACAGCGAGGCAGCACCAGCCAAAUCUUCUUCCUCUGCCACCCCAUCAACGGGAGGCGGACAGAGACCGGACAAAGCAGUAAGGAGAAGCGUGGAUGGUAGCCGGCAGAGCGAGGACGAUGCCGACUGGGAAGAGUUUGAGCGGAGCCAGAACUCGGCAGCGGGUAGUGACGAGCCGACGACGCUGGACCGCGUCGCUGGCGCUGCGCAGCCUGCCAAGGUCGUUGGCAGUGCGCUUGGCGUGAGCGACGCCUCCGUGACGAAGCAGCAGCAGCAGGAGACCGAGGACGGGUCGAUGCGCCGCAGCAAGUCCCAGCAAGAUACCAGUGGCAGCGGAGGAAGCAGCGCGGCUGGCGCACCACAGAGGCGGGGCGACCGUAGGCCGGUGCAGUCGAUGACGUCGAUGUCGCUCGAGCAAGCGCGGUCGCGUGCGCAGGCGGGGAUGCGCCAACAGGAAUCAAGGGAAGCGUCGCACUUGGCCCGCUUCCACGACCCUGAGAAACCGCUUCAGCCUCGCGUCCGCCGCUCGGCAAGCAACGCUGCCGUCAACGACCUGCUGCAGAGCUACAACGCAAGCCAGGGCGGCCAGAGCGGGCUUCACACGAGGGUCUUUACGCCGGACGACAAGUAG